AUUCCCUCGUGACAAAUUGGUCACAAGAGGAAUCUUCGUUGGGCUUCCUGUGUGUUUCACAAAAGAGAUCAAGAUGGCAGACCAGUCGCGUGGUGAGAAGGGACAGGAGUAGAGUGAUUCUAGCCAGGACAAUGGGUUAUGGGAGAUAAAAGUCAAGAGGAAAUCAUGGCAGAGAAGAAACCUAUAAAGCAACCUUCUGAUCAGUGUCAGAAUUUGAUAUGCACACAGGAAAUAAAAGUUGAGCCAGAACUAUUUGAUUUAAAAAGUAUUGUAAAGGAGACAUCAAAAGCAUUGAAUUUAUCUGAGAAACCAUACAAAUGUGAUGAAUGUGGCAUGGGCUUUAACCAAUCUGGAGCCCUGAAGAGACACCUAAGGAUUCACUCAGGACAGAAACCAUACAAAUGUGAUGAAUGUGGCAAAUGCUGUACCCUGCAUACACACCUAAAAACACACCAAAGGAUUCACUCAGGACAGAAACUACACAAAUGUGAUGAAUGUGGCAAGUGCUUUAACCGAAAAACAAACCUGAAGAGACACCUAAUUAUUCACUCAAGACGGAAACCAUACAAAUGUGAUGAAUGUGGUAAGUGCUUUACCCAAUCUGGUUCCCUGAAGAGACACAUAAUGAUUCACUCAGGACAGAAACCAUACAAAUGUGAUGAAUGUGGCAAGUGCUUUACCCAAUCUGGUUCCCUGAAGAGACACAUAAUGAUUCACUCAGGACAAAAACCAUACAAAUGUGAUGAAUGUGGGAAGUGCUUUACCCUGCAUACACACCUUAAGACACACCUAAGGAUUCACUCAGGACAGAAACUACACAAAUGUGAUGAAUGUGGCAAGUUCUUUACCCGAAAAACAAACCUGAAGAGACACCUAAUUAUUCACUCAAAACGAAAAUCAUACAAAUGUGAUGAGUGUGGAUUCAUAGCUUGUCCUCGGCGCCCAACGCAAUAAGCACGAUGAUAGCGAUGAUGAUGAGCAACACGAUACACAUCCGGGUGUUUUGCCACCACAUCUUCUUGCGCAGGCGCGAAGAAAAAUGGUAACCAAUGAGGUAACUGCUUGAAAAAAAGAAUUCAUCCCCCACUUUCUAUGGGGCGAAUUAGAAAUUCCAGGUACGAGGGGUCAUAACUCUUCUCUGGAAUCCCACAACAUAGUGUUUAAGCGACCAAGUUUGAGUGAUUUAAAAAUGGCUGAAUAGUGGCUCGGUUAGUGGUCUCUUGAUAUCUGUUAAGAGAUUGAAACAACUGUGGGUAAGAGACAUACCAAUAUUUUUGGUCAAGACAUCUUUUACUUCGUCAACUUCUCGCUGGACCUUGUUAGCAUCACCACCAGCUCUUCCUGGGUCAGAGUACAAGGCCUGACAAAGACCAUCCACAAGUUACGGUACUAUCACAUACUAUAUGUACCAUUCUACUCAGGCGCGUUCCAAAGAUUGGCUGAGAGGGGGGGGGGGGUGCAGUCAUAGGUAUUAUAUGGAAGAAGAAUAGUAUUUUAAGAUUCCUUAAUAAGAAAUGACCCACUUUUUGGUGGCCAAUGGGUGGUGCGCGCGCACCCUGCGCACCCCCCUGUGUAUGUGCCUGCUACUCAUGUUUAGAUGGGGCAACUUCCAUGAUCGAUCAAAAACUAGUAUAUGAUCUAUCAUGGAACUUUUUACAUAAAUGUUGUACCAGCAAAGUUCUCUGAAUUUCUUGUAAUCUCUGUCUUUGUUUAUCGAAGGUGGCAUAUUUAACUGAAUAUACAGUUUUCUAACAUAUGGCCCUCGGUCAGUAAGCACUGUCACUGGGGGUGGUCACUGCCAGAGGGUUAAUUGCGUCCCCAGUGGUUCUUUUACGUCCUUUCUGUUCAGGUUAAUGUAGAGCAGCUUGAAGAGACGGGACCUCUGGUUUAGUUUCCUUAUCCCAGAAGACUGGAAACACGGGAGAAUAACUUCAACUCACUUGUGACACAAAUUCAAAUCAAGACAAAAACCCGUAAAAAUCCCCAGUUUGAGCCAGGAUUCGAACCUGGGCCACCUUGGUGAGAAGCCGCGAGCCUCUCACUAGGCCACCCGUGCUUCCUCGCAUUUUAUAUAAAUACUACAGCAUAUUAUAUAAAUGGAAUCAAGUUGGAAUCAAGCAAUAUGGCUACAAGUGGAUUUAACAUCAUCUUUACUGGUUUGUUCUUUGUUGUGAAGCACUGAGGUAUAAAUUUCAUAUGUAAAUAAGUUAAAUAUUUUCCAAUUCUUCACAUUGUAAUCAGUUUACGGAUAUUUGCCAACAACAGCGUAUGCAAUAAAAAAAAACUUGGAAAAGAGUGCGCAAAUCUAAGGAUCCAGGAAUUUUUGAAAAGUUCAGGAAAAUGCGCCAGCGGGUUAAGAACUGGAUGCGAUCUAACCUCUAGGCCUACUUUACGCGGAUUUCAUCUGAAGCUCUUUCGAACUCUAAACCAUUCUAGUCCUUUUUAAAACUCAAAUCUCAGCGCAACACCGGAGGCAGCAGUGACUUGGCUAAGGCGGAAGCCUUUCCCUCGCCCCAUGACAGGUAAUCCGGAAUCCGGAAUC